GACGUCCUCCUCCUCCGCCGCCGCUCCGACUGAAAGGCGCUGUGCUUCACGCAGGCAGAGCUCGGCGAUUGUCGCUCUCCCCGCUAGCUUAGCGCACCUUCCGCCGCCGUUAACCCCCGGGGCUACUCGCCUCUUCUCCGUCCACACUCGCAGCGGGCCGUCAUGGACAGCGCCGGCCGCAAGAACUGAGCGCCUUCUCUGAAGACCGAGGAAAAGCGAGCGAGCGAGCGAGCGAGCGAACCGUCACGCCUGCCAGUGCAGUCCGUCCACCGCGGGCUUUGUCGAGUGCCAUCCAUCUCCAGCAGCCGCCGAGAGCCAUGGAGGAGAACAUGGAAGACGGGCAGGCGCCGAAAGGAUGCUUUGAAUGCUGCAUCAAAUGCCUGGGUGGCAUCCCCUAUGCCUCGCUGAUCGCCACCAUCCUGCUGUAUGCCGGCGUGGCCCUCUUCUGUGGCUGCGGGCAUGAGGCCCUCUCGGGGACGGCGAACAUCCUGCAGGCCUAUUUUGAGGUCGAAAGAACAGCUGGCGACACCUUAGACGUCUUUACCAUGAUUGACAUUUUCAAAUAUGUCAUCUACGGAGUGGCCGCCGCUUUCUUCGUCUAUGGGAUCCUGCUGAUGGUGGAGGGCUUCUUCACAACUGGCGCCAUUAAGGACCUAUACGGGGACUUCAAGAUCACCACGUGUGGCCGAUGUGUCAGUGCCUGGUUCAUCAUGCUGACCUACGUCUUCAUGCUGGCCUGGCUGGGGGUCACUGCCUUCACCUCACUGCCAGUCUUCAUGUACUUCAACAUCUGGACCAUCUGUCAGAACACCACCAUAGUGGGCGGCACCAACCUGUGUCUGGACUUGCGUCAGUAUGGAAUCGUCCCUGUUGGGGAUGAGAAGAAAGUCUGCGUGGGCUCCGACAACUUCUACAAGAUGUGUGAGUCCACUGAGCUCGACCUCACGUUCCAUUUGUUCAUCGUUGCCCUCGCGGGUGCAGGAGCAGCCGUCAUCGCCAUGGUCCACUACCUAAUGGUGCUCUCCGCCAACUGGGCUUACGUGAAGGACGCCUGCAGGAUGCAGAAGUACGAGGACAUCAAGUCCAAGGAGGAGCAGGAGCUUCACGACAUCCACUCGACCCGCUCCAAGGAGCGCCUCAACGCGUACACAUAGAGCGCCGACCGGCCGGCCUCGCUGCCUGUGCCCGGGGGUCGCCACGGAGGCACGACGCGGGCCACCCUGAUGAUGUACAGUAUUUGAGGGCUCCCCUCGUUCCGUUCCUGUGUCUCGUCCUAUGAUUUUUUUCUUUUUUCUUCCCCCCCCCCACCCCCACCUGUCCCGGCGGGACGGAACUCCCCACACAGACCGUGGACGUCAACGGGCGGCCAGGCCACCGGCUCGCUCCCCGCGGACACCCGGAGCGGCGGACCCCCGUAAACACCCCGCGAUGGCGCUCCCUCUGUGGUCCCGACUGUAUAUAACGACGCGCUCGAGUGACCGGACGGACGGACAGACGGGCGACUUCCUCAGCCUCGGCGGCCCCCCCCCUCCCCCCCGUCCGUCUGUCCGUGGACCCACCCGGCCCCGUGUCCCCCGCUAGUGUUGUGAAGCCCCCAUCUCGCUGUCGACCUCCUGUAUUCUGUGAAGACGAUGACGGUGACGAUCUUCGGUAGUUGUUCCAUGUGGCAUGGUGACGCUCAGUUCAGUGCUCAGUGAUCGUUUCACGACUCUUCCUCCUCCUCUUCCUCCUCCUCGUCCUUUUUUACACUUUGAUCGGUGCGCUCGUCGGGCUCCAGGCUCGCUUCUCGUGUUUGAUUUGUGUUUGUGCCCGGUCUUCCGUGGACCCUCGCCGUUUUGUAUUCGCUAGGACCCCCGCGAUGCCCCCCGUCUUUUGUACUUUCUCUCUCUCUCCCGCUUCGUAGUCGGCUGCUCGAUCGCUCUGUUCUGUAAAUACUCGUGCCAACUGCUUGACGGUGGAGUUUUGGACUUGCUUGCACAAAUAAAGAGCACACGUGUCCUUGUU